UAUAUGUAGUUUUUCUUUCCUAUCUAUAAUUGUAAAUAUUCACACAAAACCUUGAAAUAUAUUGAUAUGAUUUUGACAAUCGCAUAAAAAAGUGGUAUAAAUAUAUGCCACAUAAAUGUUAAUAUUCAGUGCACAUUUGAUACUAGUGGAAUUUCAUAUUGAUUGGAAAUUUAUAUUGAUUGAAUUAUGAAAAACUUAACAUAUUUACCUUUAGUAACAAGAUUAUCUAAAAAUGUAAUACGAAUCUUAGGAUGUAACAAAGGAUUUAUGACAUUGCAAGGUACAAAUUCAUACCUUGUUGGUACUGGCGAUAGACGUAUAUUAAUCGAUACAACUGAAAAAAGAACUGCGAAUGAUUAUAUAAAAUUAUUACGUAGUGUGUUAGAAGAAGAAAAAGCAACUAUUGAACACUUAUUAAUUACUCAUUGGCACAUUGAUCAUUUAGGAGCAGUGAAUUCUGUUUUAAAUAUGUUAAAAACUAUAAAUACAGAAAUAAAAAGUGCAGUAUGGAAAUUUCCAAGAACUGCAGAUGAUAAAAGUUCAAGAAACAUGGAAAAUUUAUUUAAGUGGAAACAAUUAAGAGAUAAACAAAUUAUAGAAGUAGAAGGUGCUAAGCUUAGCGUGGAAUAUACUCCAGGACAUGCAACUGAUCAUGCUUCCUUUAUAAUGGAAGAUGGAAAAAUAUUAUUCAGUGGAGAUUGUAUUCUUGGAGAAGGUACUGCUGUAUUUGAAGAUUUAAAUACUUACAUAGCUACUCUGAAAAAAAUGUUGACAAUGAAACCAAAAAUUAUCUAUCCUGGACAUGGACCGAUAAUAGAAAAUCCAGAAAAUAUAAUUAAUUUUUAUAUUGAAAACCGAUUAAAAAGAGAAAAUGAUAUUUUGAAUAUUCUAGAACAAAAUACAAAAAAUAAUACAUUGUCCGAAUUGGAUAUUGUGAAUCAUCUAUACACGGAAGUUUCAUCAAAGGAUAUGAGUAAAGCAGCAGUCUAUACUGUAAAAGGUCAUCUUGAUAAAUUAUUAAAAGAAGGUAAAGUGAAAGGUGAAAGGGGAAAAUGGCAAAUUACGUAACUAAUGUUACUUAAACAAGUUAUUUAAUUUAAAAUUGUAUGAAUUGUCAAAUAAUAUAUUGCAAUUGUAAAAUAAUAUCUGUAAAUAUGAUAUAAAAUGGACAAAAUAUAAUAUUUUAUUAUUUUAUUGUUUAUUUGUAAUUUCUAAUACUAAAUCCAUACCCAUGUCAGUUGAGAAAAUUAUUGAGAAAGCGAUGCUGUGAAACAUUUAUUCGACUUAUAGGAAUAAAAUGAUAAUACAUUGUUCAUGAAUUUUGUUUUUCAAUGUUUAGGCUGACAAUGCUAAAAAUGUGCGUACACUGUACAAUAAUUGUUACAAA